AUGCGAUUAAUCGUCUGCUUGCAAGUUGUUUCCCUUAUAUUUGAUAGGAGAGUUUUAGCUCGUUCUAGCUCCGAUGGUCCAGCAGCACGGUACCAUUACCUGAACCGUUACAAAAUCGAAACGUCACAAUGUGAUUCCAACAAGGAAGUUGGUGUUAAGGCGCCAUGGAAAAAUAUUUUUCAGAGCCUGACAGAUCAGGAGUAUGCUGAUGUUACUACAUAUCUUCACAAGCAGGAGGGACUCAACUUGACUGCUAUUGUGAACUCGACAUCUUGGGACAAUGUCAUAGUGUCUAUGGACUUGUUGCAGCCAAACAAGACUGAUGCCUUGACAUAUCUUGAAGGCAAUGGGCCAGCUCCAGCUCGGUAUGCGCGGGCCACGCUGCAAUUCAACUCGCAACUGCAACCAUACAUCCAAGAGUACAUGGUUGGCCCACUACCUAUCCAGGAAGGUUCCACUCGAUACGAGGAGCUCAACUACAUGUUCACAUCUGGACGUGGUCGCAUUAACGUGUACAACGCUGAUAGUGAGGCCAUUGCUGCGUUUAACCUCGUUGUUGGAACAGAGAUACAGAACAUAACCAAGCAGCUUCUCAAUGGCACUGCUACAGGUGCUGAAGACGACAGCCUUCUGAUCGCAGGCAGUGAUCCUCUGAUCCACAACAACGACAAGGUCUAUCAGUGGAACGAGUUCUACUCUGCUCACACUGGUGAAUUCUUUUCAGAGACAAUCCUCCCUACCAGCCUGCAGUUCAAAGUUGAUAUCACCGGUCGAGAUCCUUCCAAAUGGGAGGUGGUCGGUUGGUAUUACGACGGCAGCUAUUGGCCGACGACCGACGAGUUCAAAGAGGGAUCCAAGACGCUAAAGAGAAAGCCAGGACCCAACGUUGAUGGGCUUUGGACCUCUACUGACCAGCAAGAUGACAAGUUACCUCUUGACCACCUGAACCCCCCUACUGCUGUUCAACCAGAUGGUCCACGGUUUGGUCUGGAUAGAGAGGAGAACUACGUUGAGUGGAUGGACUUUAGCUUUUUCAUCUCGAAUCACAAAGAGACUGGUAUGCAACUCCAUGAUGUCAGAUAUAGAGGCGAGCGUAUCAUCUAUGAGCUUGGCCUCCAGGAAGCGAUGGCACAUUACGCUUCCCAGGAUCCGCUGCAUGCCUCAUCAGCAUAUCUGGACACUUCAUACGGCAUUGGUACCAGCCAAUGGAAUCUCGUCGACGGCUUCGACUGUCCUUCUCACUCCACCUACCUCAACACAUCUUUUUACAUCAGCGAGAUGACUCACAUCCACCCCAACAGCUUGUGUCUUUUCGAACAUGAUACUGGAUAUCCUAUACAGCGGCAUUUGACGGGAACGCAUGUUUCCGCGACCAAGAACAUUGUAUUUAAUGUUCGUAGCGUCUCUACAGUUGGAAACUAUGACUAUUUGUUCGAGUAUACCUUUCAUUACGAUGGGUCCAUUAGCGUCACUGCCAGAGCAUCUGGCUAUAUCCAGGGAGCGUUUUGGUCCGGGGAUGGUGAUUAUGGCUUUCAUAUUCAUGACAACUUGUCAGGUUCUAUGCAUGACCAUGUUAUCAACUUCAAGCUCGAUCUGGAUAUCAAAGGCAGGAAGAACAGUCUGUUAAAGACUGAAUACCCCUGGUCUGAGGGGCAAUCGAUUAACACUAUGAAGGCCAAUCGGUCGUACAUAGCCAGUGAGGACAACGGCAAGAUUACAUGGGCUAAGAACGGAGCAGCUGCAUAUGCUGUUGUCAACAAGGAUGCUCUGAAUGAUUUCGGAGAGGCACCUGGCUACGCGAUCUCUCCAAACAGCGGCAGCACAGGGCACCUAACGGUGCAGUCAUCCUCAGCUCUUGGACAGUCCGCAAACUGGGCCAAUCACAACAUUUUCGCCCUGCAGCACCACGACACCGAGCCGAAAAGCGCUUACGCUUUCAACAGUUAUGAUCCGCAUCACCCAGCUGUAGACUUCAAUAGAUUCUUCAAUGGGGAGAGUCUUGAUCAAGAAGAUGUCGUUUUUUACGCAAGAUACUUCAACCUCGGCAUGCACCACCUACCCAAUACGGCUGAUCUGCCCAACACUGUGACGACGAAAGCCGUUUCGUCGAUGAUGAUUACGCCUCAGAAUUACUACUCAGGCGAUAUCUCACGACGAACUAUGCAUCAAGUGCGUGUCUCCUAUGACGAGAAGUCAAAUGUCACUGGUGUCAAGAUGUUUGGCAUAAAGCAGCCUACUUGUGCGUUUGAUAUGACCAAGGCCGCACCCAAGUUAGAUACCUUCGUUGGAGAGCUUCAGAUUCCUAAAUUUCCAUUUAACCCGAGUAAUAGUCUACAGACGAACCCCGGUGGUUAA